CUCAUUCGUUUCUGAGAAGCAACGAGACGUCAUCAUGCCCGAGCCAGCAAAGUCAGCGCCCAAGAAGGGCUCCAAGAAAGCCGUCACCAAGACCGCAGGGAAGGGCGGCAAGAAGCGCAGAAAGUCCAGGAAGGAGAGUUACGCCAUCUACGUGUACAAGGUCCUGAAGCAGGUCCACCCCGACACCGGCAUCUCCUCCAAGGCCAUGGGAAUCAUGAACUCGUUCGUGAACGACAUCUUCGAGCGUGUCGCCGGAGAGUCCUCUCGCCUGGCCCACUACAACAAGCGUUCUACCAUCACCUCCAGGGAGAUCCAGACCGGUCGCCUGCUACUCCCCGGUGAACUUGCCAAACACGCCGUGUCCGAGGGCACCAAGGCCGUAACCAAGUACACCAGCUCCAAGUAAACAGCGCAUUUGGACUGCUCUACUAACCCAAAGGCUCUUUUAAGAGCCACC